AUGGAGGCUUCGAGGCUUGGAGAGGACCAAGACCGCCAAGUCCACCAACAACCCUUCACCACGUACCUACCCACGUCACCAGAAAUGCAGCUCACAACCCUCACCGCCGCCCUCGCAGCCCUCGCCGCCACCGCGACCGCGACGCCAAUCAUGGGCACCAUCAAAAUGUUCUACGAUGCCGCCUCCGAUUGCACGGGAAACCCGCUGCAGAUGGAGACGGGCACGCUGCGCGGACAGGCCAUGGCGAUCCCGCCCGACUAUGUCGGCGCGUGUCACCGGAUUCCGGUUGGGAUUGAUAAUUCUACGUAUAAGAAGUUUUCGGCGAGUGGGCUCACGCCUGUUUUUAGCUUCGAGUUGUAUACGGAUGCCGAGUGUCAGAACCUAGCGACGAAUGUGUCGAAUGUUUGCGUGCCUGAUGUCCAUUCUUACAUUGGUCGUCGCUUGGAUGGCAACUGA